AUGGCCUCCAACAGUUGCAUCAUCUUUGCUCUUUUCAUUGCUGUUUCCUUCGCAAACAUGGAUAUUGGCCUAGCAGCUCGUCAUCUGAUGCAGACAACUGCAACAAAUUUGCCAGGCAUUCCCUCUUUGCCUAAACCAACAUUGCCACCUUUGCCUUCUCUUCCAACACUGCCUACUGUUCCACCUUUGCCUACAAUCCCAACAUUGCCUCAGCCUCAGGGCAAUGUUCCACCUUUGCCUACAAUCCCUUCUCUUCCUACUGCCCCAACUAUUCCACAGGUCACUCUUCCACCCCUUUCUGCCACUUCUCUUCCAAACUUCCCCACAAUCCCCUCCUUCCCUUUUCUGUCUCCACCACCUUCUUCAGCCUCCACUCCUUGA